CUCUCACAGUGUGGUGCAGGUGAAUUCAUCCCACCUCCUGGUGAUCAGCAUGGCCUUGUACAGUGACUCAUCUUACGCAUACAACUACACUGGCCCUGUGGAGCUCCCUUCUGCAGAGCAGCUGUACAUCCAGGUGACCCUGCACUGUGAGAACAGCCUGGCCUACAACAUGAGCCUACAGCUGGAGUCCUGCUGGGCCACACAGACCGCAGACCCACAAGAGGAGAAGAAGGCUUUUUUCCUGAAGGGGGGCUGCCCAAACGACAGAACCUUCCGCUGGUACCUCCGGAGCAGUUCCCCUCAAAGGAAGAGGUUCUCCAUUCAGAUGUUCACCAUGUCUGACCACUCCCACAUCUACCUUCACUGCCUGAGCAGAAUAUGCAGCCAAGAUGAGAACUGCACAACAGUAACUCCCCACCACUGCAAUCUGUACACAAUGAACUGCUCUCCCAGGCAAAACCAAAAGGUGAGAAGAGAUCUACCGGACAAACUCACAGCUAUUCUUUCAGCAGGACCCAUCUCUGCAGCAAAGAGGAAACUGACAAACUGGCCUGGAGCCCAGAUCAUGCUAUCAGUGGCCGGAGGAUUGAUUGGCCUAUUUUUUCUGACAGCACUGGGUGUGCGUGCAGCACACGCUAUAACACAGCGCAACCCCAGACAUCAAUAAAGUGUGUAUACCUGCA